CCGUUUUCCCGUCCUGCGUUCUCUGUGGUUCCGGAGCCGUGAAUGUCUGCGUGGUGUCUGCGCCCUCCGACUCUGCUACGGGAGGAGCGCAGUGAGGACGGGAUGUCCGGGAAUCAGGAGAUGGACUCUGUAUCAUUUGAGGACGUAGCUGUGGACUUCACCCGGGAUGAAUGGCAGUUUCUAGACAGUGCACAGAGGAGCCUCUACAGGGAUGUGAUGCUGGAGAACUACAGCAGCCUGCUGUUCUUGGGGCACUGCAUAAAAAAACCUGAGUUGAUCUUCAAGUUGGAACAUGGAUUUGGCCCAUGGAGUGUGGCAGAAGCCUCUAAGCAGAGCCUCCCAGGUGUUCACAAAGUCUCCAACAAAAUGAAAACCAUCUUGAAAAAUGAUAGACAUCUGUGGCGAGUUGGAAUCACAAACAGCAAGACAUUGAAUGAAGAGAUUGUUCAUGCAGGUCCAAAAGUGCAACAGAUAAUGCAACAGAGAAAAUCCUAUAAAGGUAGAAGCUGUGUGAACACCUUAUAUCUGAAGUCACCGCACAGCAGUAACCAGAUGUCAAACAUACGUAAGAACAGUGUCAGUUAUAAAUUGGCUUUCACUCAGUGUCAAAGGCUUCAUAGUGGGAGGAUACCCUAUGAGGGUAAUGACAGCAGUAAUUUCUUAUUCAAGUCAAAAAUCACUGCAUGUCAGAGACAUACAGGUGUGACGCCAUAUGAAUGUAAACAGUGUGGAAAAGCCUUCUUCAAGGGUCAUCUCACUGAACAUCAAAGAACUCACAAAAAAGAGAAGUCCUAUGAAUGUAAACAGGAUGGAAAAACAUUCUUCCACGAGUCUAAUCAGGGAACUCCGACAGGUGUGAAGCCCUAUGAGUGUAUGCAGUGCGGAAAAGCUUUCUCCAGGAAGUCUGACUUCAGUGUGCAUCAAAGAAUUCAUACAGGAGAGAAGCCCUAUAAAUGUGAAAAGUGUGGAAAAGCCUUCAUCUGCAAUUCUCACCUCACAGUGCAUAAAAGAACUCAUUCAGGGGAGAAGCCCUAUGAAUGUAAACAGUGUGGGAAAGCCUUUUCAAAUAAGUCUGACCUCACUGUCCAUCAAAGGAUUCAUUCAGGGGAUAAGCCGUAUGAAUGCCAACAGUGUGGAAAAGCCUUCUCCAGGAAGUCCCUGCUCACUGUGCAUCAAAGAACGCAUACAGGGGAGAAGCCCUAUGAAUGUAAACAGUGUGGGAAAGCCUUCUCCAGGAAGUCUGACUUCAGAGUGCAUCAAAGAAUUCAUACAGGGGAGAAGCCCUAUGAAUGUGAGCAGUGUGGAAAAGCCUUCUCCAGAAAGUCUCACCUCACUGUGCAUCAGAAAAUUCAUACAGGAAUGAAGCCCUACAAAUGUGAACAGUGUGGAAAAGCAUUCUGCCACCCUUGUUCUCUCUGGACACAUCAAAGAACUCAUACAGGUAUUAAACACUAUGAAUGUGUGCAGUGUGGAAAAGCUUUCUACCAAAAGUCUCACCUCACUGUGCAUCAGAGAACUCAUACAAGUGAGAAGCCCUAUGUAUGUGGUCAGUGUGGAAAAGCUUUCACCACAAAGUCUCACCUCAGUGUGCAUCAAAGAAUUCAUACAGCUGAGAAGCCCUAUGAAUGUGAGCAGUGUGGAAAAGCCUUCUACCAAAAGUGUAGCCUCACUGUGCAUCAAAGAACUCAUACAGGUGAGAAGCCGUAUGAAUGUAAACAGUGUGGAAAAGCCUUCUGCAAACAGUCUUCUCUCCGGAACCAUCUAAGAAAUCACACAGGUGAGAGGCCCUAUGAGUGUGAGCAGUUUAGAAAAGCCUUCUCUAAGAACUGUCAGUUUACUAUUCAUAGAAGGACUCAUACAAGUAAGAAGCUGUAUGAAUGUGAACAAUGUGGGAAAGCCUUCUCCACAAAGUCUCACCUCACUGUGCAUCAAAGAACUCAUACAGGGGAGAAGCCCUAUGAAUGUGAACAAUGUGGGAAAGUCUUCUCCACAAAGUCUCACCUCACUGUGCAUCAAAGAACUCACACAGGGGAGAAGCCCUAUGAAUGUAAGCAGUGUGGGAAAGCCUUCUGUCAAAAGUCUAUCCUCACUGUGCAUCAAAGAACUCAUACAAAUGAGAAGCCCUAUGAGUGUGUGCAGUGUGGGAAAGCCUUCUCCAUUAAGUCUGACCUCACUGUCCAUGAACGGAUUCAUUCGGGUGAUAAGCCCUAUGAAUGUCAGCAGUGUGGAAAAGCCUACUCCAAGAAGUCCCUGCUCACUAUGCAUCAAAGAACUCAUACGGGGGAGAAGCCCUAUGAGUGUGAAAAGUGUGGAAAAGCCUUCUUCAGGAAGUCUUACCUCAUUGUGCAUCAAAGAAUUCAUACAGGGGAGAAGCCCUAUGAAUGUGAGCUGUGUGGAAAAGCCUUCUGCCAACUGUCUUCUCUUUACACACAUCUAAGAACUCAUACAGGCGAGAAGCCCUAUGAAUGUGAUCAGUGUGGAAAAGCCUUCUCAAAGAAGUGCCAGCUCACUGUUCAUCAAAGAACUCAUACAGGUAUUAAGCACUAUGAGUGUGAGCAGUGUGGAAAAGCCUUCUGCCACAAGUCUUCUCUCUGGACACAUCAGAGGAUUCAUACGGGUGAGUAACUAUUAAUGUGAACAGUGAGGAAAAGCCUUCUCUAAGGAGUUGUCAGUUCACUAUUUUAUCAGAGAACUUAUACAAGGGAGAAGACCUAUGCAUUUAAACUAUGGAAAAGCCUUUAACAAGUGUCAGCUCAUAUGCAUCAAAGAACUCAUGCAAGGAACAAACCCUAUUAAUGUGACUGGUGUACAAAACUCUUCAGCAAGUCUAACCUCACUGUGCAUCAAACAACUCCUACUGAUGAGAAGCCCUGUGAAUGUAAACAGUAGGGAAGAGCAUCUUUCUCCAGGGUAAUCUUAUUAUGCAUCAAAGAACUCAUACAGGAGAGAAGCCCCAUGAGUGUUAUCAUUGGGAAAGCAUUCUUCCAGAAGUGUAACUUUUCUGUGCAUCAAAGAUGCAUGCAUGUGCUUGGGUGAGACCAUAUGUACUCCAUAUAUUCAGGAGCCUAUGCAGGCCAGAGAGUGCAUUGGAUCCCCUGGAACGGGAGAUACUGGUGGUUGUGAGCCACCAUUUGGAUUUUGGGAAUAGAGCCCGAGUCUUUCAAGAGUAGGGAAGCUGGACUGGAUGGCAGAAAGCCACAAGCUCCCCAGCUACAACAUAAGUACAUGAUGCUUUUGGCUUCAGCAUAGAGGUGGAUAUGGUCAACUUUCUUCCAUUGUCCUGAAUCUAAGUUCCUCUGACACCAGCCACCUCCAUAAUGCUGCCCAAUUUGGACCCCAGGGAGAUCAAAGUUGUGUAAUGGUGUACACUGGAGGCAAGCUCAAACCUAGAUUUGCCUUGGCUGCCAAGAUUAAGCCCCUGAGUCUUUCUCCAAAAGCAGUUGAUGAUGAUGUUGCUAAGGCAGCCGGUGAUUGGAAAGGUCUGAGAGGAUUACAGUUAAACUGGCUAUUCAGGACAGGCCCAGAUUGAGGUCAUAACUUCUGCCUCUGUUCUGAUCAUCAAUGCCCUCAAGGAGUCACCAAUAGACAGAAAAACAUUAAACACCAUGGAAAUAAAAUACCGCUUUCGAUAAGCUUGUCAACACUGCCUGACAUAUGUGGCACUGAUCUUUAGCCAGAGAACUUUCAGGCAAUAUUAAAGAGAUCCUGGACACUGCACAAUUUUUGGGUUUCAGCAUGAAUGACUUGGUCAUCCUUAUGAUAUUGUACAUGACAUCAACAGUGAUACAGUGGAAUGCCCAGCUAGUUAAGCAGGUGAAACUAUUUCAAUAAAAGAUGAUCUGACAUCUAAAUAAAUAAAUAGGUGCAUGCCUCCAUGCCAGGUGUUUUCCAUGACUUCUGGGGAUCAAACUCAGUUCUUCAUGCCUGUGGGCAUACACUAUACUGAAUCUUUGAAGUCCUUUAGAUGCAGGUCCUUCUUUCAGUCAGUCAUCCCACCUGACAGAGGCUUGUCUGACUCAGUGUAUCACUGGGACAGACUUUCAAGGCUGUUACUGAGUGCUAAGAUAAGGACAGCUUAAAACCUCCCACAGGUCAAAAGGACAUCACCCAU